AUGGUUUAUCGUUCAGAAGCAUCUAAAUGGAAAGCUUAUCAAUUUAGUGAUCCUUUUGCAGCUGGUUCAUUUUAUGUUUGUAAUAAAUUAAAUAGAAUGUUUUGUCGUCCAGAUUGUGAUGCAAGACCAAGAACUAAUUUAAAAUCAGAAAUUAAAUUUUUAAAUCAAACAGAUGAAGCUAUAAAUAAUGGGUUUAUACCUUGUGAAUCUUGUGAUCCAAUGAAUAGUACAAUAAUUGAUGUUAAUUUAUUAAUUAAAUGUGUUUCUACAGUUAAUACAAAAAUUGGAUUUAUGCCUCCUUUAUUAGAUGAAAAUGAAGAAUUAAAUUCAAGAAAAAUUAAAGAAAAUAUUUUGGAAAGUAAAAGAGCAAAUGAAGAACAAAUUUUAAAAACUAUAAAUGGUAAUAUAAAUAAUAAUAACACCACAGAUGAAGGUGAUGAAAAUUCAAUAAAAUUAUCAAAUGAACAUAGAAAUUCUGCUCCAGUUUUUAAUUUUCAAGAAAAAGUAUCGAAAGAUUUAGAAAAUACUUCUAUAUCAAAAAAUGAUUCAGAUCAUUAUAGAUUAGUUGAUUUAGCUUGUCGUCAUUUAGCUUUAGCCGCCGCUGUAAAUGUUUUCCAACCAAAACCAAUUACUAUAACUCCAGAAGAAAAUAAUUCUUUAGGUACAAAUCCCAAUGGUUCAAAAAAGAGAAGAAGAAGAGGUGGUGUAUUAGGUUUUAAAGAAUUAGCAGCAAAAUCAAAAUUAAGUGCUUGGCAUUUUCAUAGAGUUUUUAAAUCUGUUACUGGUUUAACUCCAAAAACUUAUGGUGAUAAAUGUUGGGAAUUUAUUAAAAAAAUUAAAGAAAGUGGUGAAUAUACUUCAUUUGAAAAUUAUACUACAGCAAAUAUAAAAUCCCCAAAAAAUUCAAAUUCUUUAUCACCAAAAUCUCCAACUGAUAUAACUAGUAAUGAAAAUAAUAUUCAAACAAUAACAAGACAACCACGACAAAAGAAAAUUAAAAUUAAACAAGAAUCAUCACCAUCAUUAUUUACAACUCAAUCAGAUGCUAAAAAAUUAUCAGAUCAAUCAAUAACACCACCACAAUCUAAUUUUAACUUACAACAUUAUCCACAACCACCACAACCACAAAAUCAACAACAAUUCCAACAACAACAACCAAUUACACCACCAAAUCAAGAUAUAUCUACAUCAUUCAAUCAUUUAAAUACUAUAAAAUCAGAAAUGCCAGAUUCAUUUUAUCAACAAGUUCCAACAUUUGAUGAUAAUUUACAAGAAUUACCAAUAAUGAAAGAUGAUGAUAAUAAUUGUUUAAAUAUGAAAGCUUUUUCAUAUCCUGAUUUAUCAAAAUUUAGAGCUGAUUCAUUAUUUAAUCAUUCACAAAAAUUACAAUAUAAUUUUCCACAAAAUAAUCAACAACAACAACAAUAUAAUGAACAACCACAACAAUUUAAUCAUGAUUCAUCAAUUGAAUUUGGUGAUUUAAUAAAUCAAAAUCAAAAUCAAAAUACUAAUAAUAAUCAAUCAAUUAUGAAUUUACCAAUAUCAUCAACAUCAACAUCAUCUUCGACUUUUGAUGAAUUUGAAUUUGAUCAAGAUAAUUUUACAAAUCCAUCAUCAACAAAUUUAAAUAAUAAUAAUCAAAAUAACAUCAACAACAACAUCAUCGACUUCAACAAUAAUGAAUCUUUAAAAAAUUUAAAUUUUUCAAAUAUAAAUUAUGAUGAAUUAGAAUUUUUACCAUCAAAUUUUGAUGAAAGUUUAUUAUCAAUAACAACACCAUAUUAUAAUAAUUUAAAUAUAAACAAUAAUCAGAACAACAACCAAAAUCAAAAUCAAAAUAAUUUAAAUUUCAGCGCUGGCGCAGCUAAUAAUACUACAAAUAAUGACGAUAUUUUUUUUAAUGAUACAACUAGUUUUUUUGCAAUGAAUCCUCAAUUAGCUACAAGUAUUGGAUUAUAG